CGAAUUCCGACCGCCGACGCCGCCGACGGUUCAAUCUACCGGUCUGGUUUUUGUUUACUAUUAAAAGUUGUAAUAAAAUAAAAGUAAAAGGAUUACGUGCAACAACACGCUAUAAAUAUUAAAUAUUGUAAAAAAAAUGAAAGCGCUUAUACAACGGGUAAUGAAUGCAAAUGUGACAGUAAAUGGAGAAUUAAUAAGUAAUAUAGGACAAGGAUUAUGUGUGUUUAUUGGAAUUACUCACAAUGAUACACCAAAAGAUAUGGAAUAUAUGGUUCGCAAAUUAUUAUCCUUAAAGUUGUUCAAUGAUGAAAAUGAUAAAAAAUGGAAGAAAAGCGUAGUUGAUGAAGAUUUAGAGUUACUAUGUGUCAGUCAAUUUACAUUAUAUAAUACAUGGAAGGGAAAUAAACCAGAUUUCCAUCUUGCAAUGCCAGGGGACAAAUCAAAAGAAUUUUAUGAGCAGUUCAUACAAAUGCUUAGGAAUCAAUAUAAGCCAGAUAAAGUAAAAGAUGGUGUGUUUGGUGCCUACAUGCAAGUGUCAAUACAAAAUGACGGGCCGGUUACAUUAGAAAUCGAAUCUCGAGUAAACACCGGAAAAAAUAAAAAUAAGAAUGCAUCUAAAGAGAACGGUCCUUUACAAGCAGAAGAAAGUUUAGAAACGUAAAUGAUUAUUUUUGUUGUAUUAGGCCGCGUUACCAGCUGCAAGAAAACUUCCGCGAGAAAUGUCCGACAGUCUGACAGCAACUUGCAAGUCUAC